CUUCCACUCCUGCUAGCCGCUAUGCUUUCGCUCUUAUCUUGUGUCUAUAAAAGGAAGUUAAGCUUGUGUAUUUGAAAUGUAAGCUAGAGAAAAGACCAACCAUGGCCGUCUCUGCCAUCAGGAAUUGGUGGAAUACCCACCAGUUGGACAAAUCUGACACCAAUGACUCCAACACAGAAGAAGACGAGGAGGAAUUAGCAGGGAGGAGGCAGUUAACUAUAAACUUAAGUCAGACUCUGCGGACCAGACAGCUGCUCGUAGACUUUGAUGGCGGCCGGCCUGUUUUGAGUCUCAGGGCACCGCUGGACCUGGUUAGCUUCCCAUCCAUCUCCUGCCCCCGGUGGCCCAUAGAGUGUGAGGUCAUCAGUGACAUCAUCCAACACAUAGAGUGGGACCCCCCAGAGCCAGAGCCUUUCUACAAGGCCACAGGACAUGAGAGGACCCCCAUACCAGCAGGAGAUGAGAGGGGCAAAGUGGUGUACUGCAUUGACCAUGCCACCAAGCGUCCCUUCUUCUCCUGCUCCCGUGUCGGAGGAAACAGGGGGCCCAUUAAGAGCGCCACUUCAUAUGACAAUCAGACAGACUUCACCCUUGAGUUUGAGUCACGCUUUGAGAGUGGAAACCUCCAGAAGGCGGUGCAAGUGGGAGUCUAUGACUAUGAGCUCACCCUGCACACAGACUUGUACACCAGGAAGCACACACAGUGGUUUUACUUCAGGGUCAGGAACAUGAAGGCUGGAGUGCCAUACCGCUUCACUAUCGUCAACUUGAUGAAGAGCAGCAGCCUGUAUGUUCAGGGUAUGAGACCACUCCUCUACUCAGAGAGGGCCGCCGAAGAGAAAGGUGUUGGAUGGCUACGCACCGGCGCCAAUAUCAGAUACUACCGCAACUGCCAGCAGAAUACAAAAGACAACAACAGCGAUACCCCCCCCCUGUUCUCACUCACCUGGACUCUCCAGUUCCCUUCUGACUCUGACACCUGCUACUUGGCCCACUGCUACCCCUACACCUACUCCCACCUGCAGCGCUACCUGAGGCGCGUCUCUUCCAACCCAGCCGUCGCGUCAUACUGUUCACUGAGGGUGCUGUGCCACAGCCUCGCUGGGAAUGCUGUGUAUGUGGUGACGAUAACGUCCCGGGCGGGCAGCAGGGUGGAGGGUAGGACUAAGAAGGCCGUGGUGGUGACGGCCCGAGUGCACCCUGGAGAAACCAACGGGUCCUGGAUGAUGGAGGGGUUCCUAGACUUCCUGCUCGGGGACUCAAAGGAUGCUCAGCUACUCAGGGACACUUUUGUUUUUAAGGUGGUGCCGAUGCUGAACCCAGAUGGUGUGAUCGUGGGUAAUUACCGCUGCUCUCUAGCAGGCAGGGACCUGAACAGAAACUACAAGACCCUGCUCAGGGACUCCUUCCCCUGUGUGUGGCACACCCUAAACAUGGUGGAAAGGUAGCACAGAACACAUGCAUGAACAAAACACAUUU